UACUUUUUUAAAUUAAAAUAAUUUUAUGUCGUGUAUAAAGAAAAUUAUAAAUAAAAAUGCAUUGCUAUUCUGUAAAUUCGUUAAUUGGUGAGGGAUCUUUUGGUCGCGUUUACAAAGCAUUUCGUAAAGAUGAUAAUAAAGUAGUUGCCAUUAAAAUAAUAUCGAAGCGUGGACGUACCACAAAAGAAUUAAAGAAUCUCACUCGAGAAUGUGAUAUACAAGCAAAACUGAAGCAUCCAAAUGUUAUUGAAAUGUUUGAAUCAUUUGAAACAAAUCAUGAUCUCAUCGUAGUGACUGAGUUUGCUCUCACUGAUUUACAUCGUUUUUUGGCACGUAAUGGUUCAUUAAUCGAGGAACGUGCACAGAAAUUAACUUGUCAUUUGGUAUCUGCUUUAUAUUAUUUACAUUCGAAUCGCAUUCUGCAUCGUGAUUUGAAACCACAAAAUGUGCUCUUAAAUGAGGUGCUACAUGCAAAACUAUGUGAUUUUGGUUUAGCACGUAAUAUGACUAUGGGUACACAUGUGUUAACAUCUAUUAAAGGAACACCACUGUAUAUGGCACCAGAAUUGUUAGCAGAACGUCCAUAUGACUAUCAAGCUGAUUUAUGGUCACUUGGAUGUAUAUCAUUUGAAACCAUGGCUGGACAACCACCUUUUUGUACCACAUCUAUUUUACACUUGGUAAAGUUAAUCAAACACGAAGAUGUGAAAUGGCCUAGUUUUCUAACAAGUGAAUGUCGCUCAUUUUUACAGGGUCUACUUGAAAAAGAUCCAACAUUACGUUUUACUUGGGCACAAAUACUUUGCAAUCCAUUUGUAGAAGGUAAACUUUUAAUAAAUGGUAUAAAAGCGGAUAACUCGCCUUUUAUAAAUCCGAAAAAAAUUACCACUUCUAAACAGAGCAUCAAAGAUAGUUACAAAUCUGAUACACUUAAUGAAAAUUUGGCUGAAAUGAAAUUAGUCAAUGUUUCUUCUAACAUGACGACUGACAAUUUAACAUCAUCGUGUGAUAGCAUCAAUGCUAUACCACCAAGUGAUAUUGAAAACCUAGAGACUGAUGCAGAGGAUAAUAUAAAUCCAUUAGUGGUGCCGUUUGCUAAUAACUCUUUCACCGAUAAUAUAGCACAAAAAAAUUUUGAUAAAACACAAAUGUUAAAUAUGGUUACAGCUAUGGCAACAGUGGGUAUACCGACAGCAAUUCCUGCUGUUAACUCACAAACUUGCUUUGUCAGUGGAAAUUCAAAUAUGAUACUUAAUCAUUUGAAUGAUAAUUUUCCAAUUGUUGCUGGCAAUACAAGUCAAACCAAUAAUGAUAAUGGUACAGAGCAAAGUACAAAAUCUAAUUCACAAUUAAAUGUGAAUCUUAAGAAAACUCGCAGCAAAGAUUUGGAAAAACGUAAAUUGAGUCAAAAUUUAGACAAUUUUUCAUUACGUUUAGGUCAUAGUAUUGACACAGAAACACAACGUAAAACUACUGAAAUGUUGACACACAAAAAAGAACAGAAAUCAUCACAAAGUGUUUUGAAAACUCCUACUCAAUCGGCAGAUGAAAAGCAUAUUACAGAAAAUUCACCACCAUGUUUACUGCCUGGUUGGGAUUCGUGUGAUGAAUCUCAGAGUCCACCAAUUGAAAACGAUGAGUGGUUAGCAUUUCUAAAUCGCUCAAUGCAAGAAGUGCUUGAUGGUGAAUUGGAUUCACUUAAGCAACAUAAUUUGGUUAGUAUAAUUGUUGCGCCUUUGCGAAAUUCCAAAGCUAUACCAAAGGUGAUUGAAUGUGUUGCACAACUUUUGUCACUGCCAUUUGCAAUUGGUGAACCUGCCAGUGUGCUUGAAACAAUCAAAGCUGUUUAUACUGAUGUGAAAUUAGUGCCUAAUUUAAUGUAUGCUUCCAAACUUUUGGUGAGCCACAAAAGUAUUAAUGACUCGACUGCCUCAUCAUGCACUACGCGACCUGUAAAAGCAGUUAGUGAGCUAAGCAUUGAAGAAUUACGCACAGUUUCCAGAAUUUAUGAGCUUGUGUGUCAUUUAGUUCACCUUAAAUUGCAGUUUGUAUCACAAUUUUGCGAUUCUGUUGUUAUUUUAGCUGCUGAUGAACUUUUUAUAAACUUUCUUAAUCAUGAUUUUAAACAACCAAAUGCGGUGCGAGUAUCUAAUUGUAUAUUAUCAUUAUUUUGUUGUGUUCUGAGAGAGCUUCCGGAAAAUGCAGACUUAGUUGAAAGAGUUAUUUUCAAUAGUAAAGUAAAUUUAUUGAGUUUGCUUAAUAAUAAAAGUGACUUGCUACGUUUGCGGAUGUGCAUGCUAUUCCGUUUGUUAGUCAGAUUUAGUUUACGAGGAUUGCAGAAUAUUUGGAGCAUUGAUAUUAAAAGAGCAAUUGAAAAUUUGGCGGAAGACAAGAAUUCUGAAGUGAAAAAUGAAGCUGAAAGUACGCUGGAAGAACUAAGACAGUUUUCAUUUUAUUAAAAAAAAAAACAUUUAUCAUCAAAUCGACAAGAAAGGGACUUAUAAAUAUGUUUGUCUUAAAAGGCUUCGGAGGAUCUAAGACAAUUUUUACUUUAUGUUCACGUAAUUUCUGACGGAAAUCAACAAAUCAAAUAACUUCUUAUAGAGUUGAUUAUAAGCUCUAAGCAUGUUAGAGAAUAUGCUAAAGUCAUAUUCUAUACAAAUCGAAUAAAAGAAAAUUAA